AUGUCGACAUCCAUUCUAAACUCGCCCCUCGCGCGUCAUCGCCAACUGGCACCAUCAGCUGCCGUUCGUGUUUCCCCACUAUGCCUUGGUGCCAUGAAUUUUGGCGAUGCACAUAAGGAGAGGAUGGGCGAAUGUACCAAGGAGACUGCUUUUGAGAUACUUGAUUAUUUUUUUAGCCAGGGUGGCAAUUUCAUCGACACGGCAACUGGCUACCAAGCUGGACAAUCGGAGAUGUGGUUAGGGGAGUGGAUGGCCACACGAAAGAAUUGCGAUCAGAUUGUCCUUGCUACGAAGUACUCUGGCGAAUUAAUGCAUAGCUUGAAUGAUCUUGUCUCAUCCGGAAAAGCCUUGUACCUCGGAAUUUCUGAUACUCCAGCCUGGGUAGUAGCCAGGGCAAACCAGUAUGCUCGCUCUAACAGCCUACGCCAGUUUUCUGUAUACCAGGGGAUGUGGAAUGCCGGAAUGCGCGAUCUUGAGAGGGAUAUCAUUCCCAUGUGUCGCGCUGAAGGGAUGGGAAUUUGCCCGUACGGUGUGUUGAACCAAGGACGAUUCCAGACCGAAGAUGGGUAUAAGAAGCGCGAGAAGAACAACCCUGGUCGAAAGAGUCGCCCCAUACAUCAGCACGACAAAGAUGUCUACCGAGUCCUCGAGAAGAUUUCGAAGACUAAAGGUGAAAAUUUUGGGAUUCUUCACGUUGCGCUCGCUUAUGUGAUGCAAAAGGCUCCGUAUGUCUUUCCCAUUGUUGGUGGCAGGACUCUAGAGCAUAUCAAAGGCAAUAUCACUGGUCUUUUACUUGCCCUCACCGAGAAGGAUAUCGAAGACAUUGAAUCAGCUUACAGAUUUGACCCGGGAUUCCCGCACACGUUUCUCAGCGGCACUCUUCUGAAGGGUCACGAUGCUAUACCAAAAGGUGCCUAUAGCCCAAGCGAGGUGUGGUAUGUUGAUACUAUGGGUACAAUUGACUUCGUCGAGCCGCUAAAACCGAUCAAACCAAGUCGGAGGUGA